CCAUGAGAAGGAAGCCAGUGCUGCAGUCCUUCAGGAGCCUGGGGCGGGGGGUGUCUCUGCAGCCUCUCCCUCCUCUCCCUUUGAGGAGCUUGAUUGAGAAAGAUCUUCCUGGAUUAGGCUGUGGGCCCUCCUCCAGCCCCCAGCCCCACCCCACAGGCCUCUCAGUGGAACGGCCCAGCCUGAGCCUGUGGGCAUGGUGGGGCACCUCCCAGAGCAACCAGCAGCCUCCCCGGGGGGCCCCUCCCUGCCGGCCUCAAUGAGCCCUCUAUUCGGCCUGAGAGGCACACUGACUGGCCAGCCCCUCCCUCUGCACUUGGUAGGGGCUGUCCUGAGAGUGUCUUCGGGAGAGGACUCAGGGGAAGUGUAGAUUUGUUCAGGAGCUGUCAUGAGGCCACUGCAGUGGUCUGGGAACAGGAUUCUCUGUCUUCUCACUCUUUCUCAUCCAAAUUUCUCAUCUGCUCACAGAAGGCACUGUGACGUCACAGGGUGGUGGAGGAAAUCCCGUGCGUGCGAGUAUACUUUGUGCCACCAUAUGAUCUGAUCGUUUGAUACCUUCUGUUAGCUGAAAGUCUCCUAUCUUCCCCCUAAAGAUGUUCACCAAAUGUCCCGCCUGCCCUUCAGUCUGAUGCCCGUCCAGCCCUCCGACCCCCUGGAAUGGAAUGAGUCUAUGCACUCCCUCCGGAUCAGCGUGGGGGGCCUUCCCGUGCUGGCGUCCAUGACCAAGGCCGCAGACCCCCGCUUCCGCCCCCGCUGGAAGGUGAUCCUGCCAUCCUUCCUGGGUGCCGCCGUCCUCUGGCUGCUCUAUGCCCACCGCCCUCCUCCUGGCCGGCCCCCCGUGCCCAAUGCCCACAACUGGAGGCUCGGCCAGGCAUCCGCUGACCGGUACAAUGACACCUACCCCCUAUCAGCCCCCCAGAGGACACCGGGCGGGACUCGGUACAGAAUCGCUGUCAUUGCCGACCUGGACACGGAGUCAAGGGCCCAGGAGGAAAACACCUGGGUCAGUUACCUGAAGAAGGGCUAUCUGACCCUGUCAGACAGUGGGGACAGGGUGGCCGUGGAGUGGGACCAAGGCCGCGAGGUCCUGGAGUCCCACCUGGCGGAAAAGGGGCGGGGCAUGGAGCUGUCGGAUCUGAUUGUCUUCAAUGGGAAGCUCUACUCCGUGGAUGACCGGACAGGUGUUGUCUACCAGAUCGAAGGCUCCAAGGCCGUGCCCUGGGUGAUCCUGUCCGACGGCGACGGAACCGUGGGGAAAGGCUUCAAAGCUGAGUGGCUGGCUGUGAAGGACGAGCAUCUGUAUGUGGGCGGCCUGGGCAAGGAAUGGACCACCGCCACGGGGGAGGUGCUGAACGAGAACCCGGAGUGGGUGAAGGUGGUGGGCUGCAGGGGCAGCGUGGACCACGAGAACUGGGUGUCCAGCUACAACGCCCUGCGGGCUGCUGCUGGGAUCCGGCCGCCAGGCUACCUCAUCCACGAGUCUGCCUGCUGGAGCGACACACUGCAGCGCUGGUUCUUCCUGCCGCGCCGCGCCAGCCAUGAGCGCUACAGUGAGGAGGAUGACGAGCGCAGGGGCACCAACCUGCUGCUGAGUGCUGCGCAGGACUUCGGCGACAUCUCCGUCAGCCACGUGGGGGAGGUGGUCCCCACGCACGGCUUCUCCUCCUUCAAGUUCAUCCCCAACACCGAUGACCAGAUCAUCGUGGCCCUCAAGUCCGAGGAGGACAGCGGCCAGAUCGCCACCUAUAUCAUGGCCUUCACGCUCGACGGACGCUUCCUCCUGCCCGAGACCAAGAUUGGGAGUGUGAAGUAUGAGGGCAUAGAGUUCAUUUAAACUGGGAAAAAUCAAGACGACGAACAAGGCUGGGGGGUGGACAGUUUUAAGCUACGUCAGGACUCAAAUUUUAUAAAACCCCGAGGACUGCACUUUUAUGUGAUGUUUAGUUUUGCUUUUUUAUUUUUUUCCUCGGAACUCUGAGGUGUAUACCUGGUUUAGAGAUUUCCAGAAUUGGGAGCUCAGUCCCAGCCUGAGGUGUGGCUUCUCAGAGGGGAAGGGGCGGGGGUCUUGGGACUGCAGGCCGGACAUUUCCCUGCACUGCCAUCUGGUGGUAUAAUCUAGUCAUUGCAGGCAUCUUAAUUUGGGGCCCAUCCUCUGAUUCAGCCCUUUCUUCCAUCCGACCUACCUUUCUUUUCUCUCCAUUUCUUCUUUUGUUCAAUAAAUAUUUCUUGAGCUCCUACUGUGUGUCAAGCACUGUGCCCCUUCUGCGAACACAGCAGUGAGUCUGAAGCAGGCCUGCCAGUUAGGUGCUCCUGGGCUGCCCCCUUCUCUUCCUUCCUCGUGAGCCCCGGGCAUUAAAUCCACCCCUCCAGACCCCUGGAAAAGAACCUGUUUACGCUACAGGACAUCACAGGGCCGUGAGAGCGAGGGCAGGCCUCCGGGAACGCCGCAGGUGCCCAAAGUGCUGCAAGAGGGGACGCAGGCCCACCAUCUACGCCCCCAUCAAACUUCUCCAUUCAAGUGACCGACCCCGUUUUCUGCCUUCAGGAAAAUUCUGCGGCUGUGUAGCACUUUGAAGUUUUAUUAUUAACUUAUAUUAAUUAAAGUAAUUUCCUUUGUUAUAAAAUGGAAUUGGCAAAUCUUAUCAGAACAAAGUCUUGUAGUUAAUAAAUUCAAUCCCAGCAGUGAAGGAAAUGGUAAUUAAGCAGUUACAGUUGGUCAGGCAAGUUUUCAACCCUUUCUAAGUCCUUGGUCAAAGGAUACAAAGAUAAGGAUAAGGAUACAUUGCUGUUUUCUAGCAAUUAUCAGAAAUUGCCUUUCCUUGGAAGACUUGCAUGAAUAACUUGAAUUUGUAUUUCCUGAGUCAAGUGGGGCCCUGGGUUCUGGCGAGCCUACACCCUGCCCCAGGCACUGGGGCUCCCUUACCCUGGAGGCUGUGGACGAGGCCUGCCUGGCCCUGUGGUUUCUGUCCUAGCCUUUUAUUUCUCCUCAGCCUCUUCUUCCUGGAAACUCUUCACAGAAACCUUGGUGUGUCUCAGUACCUGUGGCCUUUUCUCCACGCUCCAGGGUAAAGGCAGAGGGUUUGGGACAGAGGUCAGCCAGGACCAGAGCCUAGAAGGGCCGUUGCCAUCAGCCCACGGCGCCCCCUCGCCCAGAAGCUACCUCACCCCUCAGGAGGAUGUAGGGUUCGUGAUGGCUGGGAAGGGCUGUGUUGUAGGCCCUGGCUGCUACUGUGUGGACCCCCUGUCUCGCAGACUUUUCCCGCUUUGAAACUUUAAUACAGAUGCUAGGAGGGAACCCAGGAAGGAUCCCUCAUUCUUGUGCUGGUUGUCUGUUUCUUCCACUGUAAAACAAACAGCAAAAGAACAGAAAACAAACCUUUGAACGUGACAUGUUUCUCUGGAACUCAGCUCCCAUUGGACACAGUCUGAAGGCCCAAGUCUUUUCUGACUUUGCCCAGCUGGGCUCCCUGACACGCCUCCUUGAUAAACAUCCAUGAAUGACAUCAGGGCUGUGUGAUAUUAAAAAUACAAAGAUGGAAUUAGGAAGAUUGGAGGACUGGGGACAGUCACUGAGUUGAGAUCCAAGACUCAGGUGCCCAGAAGCACCAUUUUCACACAGUGAUUUUCAAAUAUUUUAAAGCUAGCCUUUCCCCCCUGUAUUCGCUGCUGUAAGCAUAAUGAUUGUGUUCCUUCCUACUGGAGCCAUUGUUUUGGAAACAAUAAAGUGUAUUCUCUUUGUC